AAUAAAAUAGUCUUUUCCUAUCUCAUCGAACCACUGUCCAGUCCAGUCCAGUCCUUUUUCUUUGACUCCACCCAGACAAGACAGCUGGGAAACCUCAUUUCAUCACGCCCUUUUCGCCACCGGAAACCGGCCAUGGCCUCCUCCUCCGCUGGCAACUCGCCACCGAUCUCCACCAUAUCUUCCCUAUCGAAACGUUUCGAAUUCUCUCCCGAUCCGCCGCCCAAAAUCUCUCUCUCGACCGACCAGUACCAGCAUUGCUCCGAGGCUUUACACUUCUUUAAAGAGAAAUUCAGGACCCCGAAGAGAAUCGCACAAGAGUUCGCUCAUUUACAGGCUAGUAGGAUAACACCGUCUCAGAUGGCAAGAAGCUGCAAGGUGGCUCUUGACGGUGUGAAUGUGAACAAAAACCGGUACCUGGAUGUUGUACCAUUUGACCAAAAUAGGGUUGUUCUUAAUCCAUGCAAGGAUUAUAGACCAUCUGCAAGAGGAUAUAUUAAUGCGAGCCUCAUCACGACUUCUUCAUCAGAUAACAUUUCACAGUUCAUAGCUACACAGGGCCCACUACCACAUACAUUCGAGGAUUUCUGGGAGAUGAUAAUACAGCACCAUUGCCCUGUGAUUGUGAUGCUUACUCGAUUAGUGGACAAUUAUAAGACAGUAAAAUGUGGAGAUUACUUUCAAGCAGAAGAUGGUCCUAGAGAUUUUGGAAAUAUUUCUAUUGUGACGAAGUGGAUCAAAACUACUGACACCUCAUUACUGUUGCGCAACUUGAAGGUGGGCUAUAAAGAGGCAGAGGAGCAACCCAUGAAUGUUUUGCAUAUUCAGUAUCCUGAAUGGCCUGACCAUGGAGUUCCAGAAGAUACAAUUGUUGUCCGUGAAAUUUUUAAAAGAGUAUAUAAUGUACCACCCAGUCUUGGCCCGAUAGUGGUCCACUGCAGUGCAGGAAUUGGUAGAACAGGAACAUAUUGCACAAUUCACAACACAGUCCAGAGAAUCCUUGUCGGUGACAUGUCUGCUUUAGACAUUGCUAAUACCGUUACCACAUUUAGGUCUCAGCGAAUUGGGAUGGUUCAAACCAUGGAGCAAUACUUUUUCUGCUAUGAAGCAAUCAUUCAUGAAUUAGAAGAUCUCAUCUCGGAGAUGAACAGUUAGCAUACCUCAAAAUGCUACAUCAGUGACUUUUUCUCGUGAUAAAAAAUGAACUUAAAUUGAACCAAGAGUGCUGCGACUGCUUGAUCAAUCCCCAGAAAGUAAUGAGUCAUGCCACCCUCGAUAUGUUUGUCCCCUGUAACAGACUCUGUAACUCUGGCCUUCUUGCGAAACAAAGAUUGCACUGGAUACUGCAGAACAGCCAAUUUUCAUGUUAGCAAGAAGUUGCCAGGACUGAAUCCUUUCGACGUUGUAGUAGAUACCUGCGGUUGUCUGCAUGGAGAUAAUUGUAGCCAUUUGAAGUUCAGUUCCUAAUUAUUAUUAUUUUGAGAUGGUUUUAAAA